GCGGCUGCGCGGGCGCUGUCCCGGGGUCCUGGCGCGGGCGGGAUCCUGGACGGCGGGAUAAGGCGGCCGUAUGGCUCCGCACCGAGGAGUCCCGUGCCUGGUGCUGCUGGUCAGCGGGAAGAGGAAGUCCGGGAAGGAUUUCGUGGCCGAGGCGCUGCGGAGCAGACUCGGCGAGGAUGUCUGUGCCGUCCUCCGACUCUCAGGUCCACUCAAGGAACAGUACGCUCAGGAGCGUGGCCUGGACUUCCAGAGACUCCUGGACGCCAGCAGCUACAAGGAGGCCUACCGGAGGGACAUGAUCUGCUGGGGAGAGGAGAAGCGCCAGGCAGACCCAGGCUUCUUCUGCAGGAAGGUCGUGGAGGGCGUCUCUCAGCCCAUCUGGCUGGUGAGUGACACACGGAGGCUGUCAGACAUCCAGUGGUUCCGGGAGGCCUAUGGGGCUAUGACACAGACGGUGCGCGUGGUGGCCUCGGAGCAGAGCCGACAGCAGCGUGGCUGGGAGUUCACCCUAGGGGUUGACGAUGCCGAGUCAGAGUGUGGCCUGGACGACUUUGGGGCCUUCGACUGGGUCCUUGAGAACCACGGGGAUGAGCAGCGCCUGGAGGAGCAGCUGGAGAACCUGGUGGCAUUUGUCCAGUCCCGGUGUCCAUGCCGGGUCCUGGGAGCGGCGGAUGCUGCGCCUCUCCCGGACAUGUGGUCUCCGACGCUGGCUGAGGGCCCGGCCAAUGCCUGACGAGCCAGGACACUGCGGGGACCUCGCCUCGGGCACAGGACCGCCCGCCUCUUUAGGAGGAGACUGAAGGGCAAAGAGGGGCCCCUGGUGCUGGCCCCGCUGCCCUGUCUGGAUGCCUUCAACCCAGGGCUCCCAAGCCUAAUAAACCGUCCUGGAGCGCA